CUCCAGAGCUCCCGUCCCGCACCUGCAGCCACGGUCUCACGGACACGGACCAACUCGCCAGUCGCAUCCUCGACCUCGAGUCUCGACUUCUCCCGAGCGGUCGGCGGCGACUCCCAAGCCCUAGCGCCGUCUUCGAGUGGCGGGCAGCCGGCGGAAGGCAACGGCGACCGCGUGCACGGGCGGACUCCGCGGCAGGGCGGCAUCGACGGGACAGGCAGCGCGGCAGUGGCAGGGACGCUCGGCCGCCGGUCGGGGCGUUGUGUCGGGCGGAGCCACUGCCUGCCCUGAGGCUACGACCUUCAAGCCUGCCACCACCCACCGCCAGCCUCGUCUGCCACUGUCUCGAGCUCUACUUCACUCUCCGGGAAUAGUUGCAUCCUGGCUGGCAAUGAAUUUUUAUCUGUCGCUCUGGCUCUGCCCAGUCGUUGUUCGAUGAAAUGCCCACCGGCUACCGCAGUAAUAACUCCCUCCAGCUCCAGCAAAUUGCCAUUGCUCUAGAGAUGCAUGUGUGGUUCUCGGUGCAGUUUCAUAUCUUUUAGGAAUUAGGAUUGGACUUUUAAUACACAAUGGCAUCGAUCAUAUCUGAGGCAAGAAACAUUCGCGCACUCUCUCUGCGAUUGCGGACAUUGGGCGAGACGUUUCAGCAUGGUCCUUUUAAUCGUAGCGUGCAGCGGAGGUGGAAAAAGCCUGUGGAUUCGGCGAGAACACGUCUCGAGGGAAGAACAAGGGAUCAUAGGCUGGACAAGCUAAUGGUUCAGCUGAGGAACUUGAGAUUGGCCUUGGCUUUGCAUGAGGUGAUAUCUCAGCAGAGGAACGGAUAUGCGUCUCUCCAACUUCUGUCAAAGUGGAGACAUGAGGUCGGGUUGAACAUUGAGAUCGGUGCUUUCCUCAAGAAGUAUCCCCACAUUUUUCAGAUUUAUGUGCACCCUGUCAAGAAAAACCACUGCUGCAAGAUCACACAGAAGAUGUCCGACUUGAUCGCAGAGGAAGAUGCUGUCAUCAGGGAGAAUGAGGUCGACAUAGUUCAGCGGCUGAAGAAACUUCUCAUGCUCUCUGUGAAUGGAACUCUGAAUAUGCACGCAUUAUGGCUCAUAAGAAGGGAACUUGGGCUUCCUGAUGAUUAUAGGUCCUCUAUACUGCCAAACCAUCAACAUUAUUUACCCUUUGAAUCCCCAGAUACUCUGUCACUUGUCUCUAGGGAUGAAGCAUUAGCUGUAGCUAAGGUUGAAGAAUGGAGGAAAAGGGAGUACACAGAAAAAUGGCUAGCUGAAUCAGAGACAAAAUAUGCUUUCCCAAUCAGCUUCCCAACUGGAUUUAAGAUUGAGAAAGGUUUCAGGGAAAAACUCAAGAACUGGCAGAGGCUUCCCUACACUAAACCUUAUGAGAAGAAUGAUUCGCAUCUGAUCCACAAUGUGGAGCGGCUUGAGAAACACAUUGUUGGUGUUCUUCAUGAGCUUUUAAGCCUGACGGUCGAAAAGAUGAUGCCAAUUGAGAGAUUGUCACACUUCAGAAGAGUGUAUGCUAUGGAGGUAAACCUGCGAGAAUUUCUUCUCAAAUAUCCAGGCAUUUUCUACAUCUCGACGAAAGGAAGUGCACAGACAGUCAUCCUAAGGGAGAGUUACAGUAAAGGAUGUCUGAUUGAGCCUAACCCUGUAUACAUUGUGCGGAGGAAAAUGCUAGACCUCAUAUUGUCUGGAUGUCGUAACAUUGGCGAAUGUCAACAGGAUAGUGCAACUUGGUCUGCUGAGUAUGAUCUGGCAAGCAGUCAUAGGUGCUAGGAUAACAUAUGCCAGGUGGAUUCUGUGAUUCCAUACUGGAACGUGGAAUUAGAAGUGACUCAUAUGGAAAUAACCAAUUAACUGAGGAGUUCCCCCGCAGAUCUUGCUGUAAUCUCUACAUCUGAAAAAUACCUACUGAUAUCAUCUGCCCGGGGUGAAGCGAAGCCUACCCAAGCUGAGCCAGCGAGCUCCCCCAUCUCCGUCACCGAGCAAGGAUUGGUUAAUGCUGAGCUACUGGGUGAAGCAACUGGAGGCAUGGUGAUUUCAGCUAUUUACAAUAUGGUGCCCAGUGUGAUGAAGAAAGAUGAUCUAUUAACAAAACUUAUUCACUUUCAUGCUUUAUCAGUUCAUGUUUGAUAAACAAGAAGGAAUAGGAUAUCAAAAGUACAGUCAGAGGAAGUCAACUUAACUGUGAAAUCUGGACUGGCAAUGGACGUUGACCCGGAAUUCAUAUUCUAGGAGAGCAUUGGCUGCCAUGUACCAGUUAGUUUGAUCCAGUUUCCAGCCCUCUCCUGGACACUAAUUGCAGCUACGAAAUGGAAGAGCUCGGAGUUUGUUUUUUCAAUGUCCCCCUGCUCCUGGAACGAAGGAAGCACUUGGCAUUCUCUUUGUAGGCCCUUUGUUAAGGUUCUUAGUGUCCUUGCUACCAUUCGAUUGCGUUAAGUUCUGUAUGCAUUUUGCUAAGGGAUCUGAGCUUGUUUGAGAACAGACGAACAUUCAGUUCAUACCGAGUUAAUCUCAUGUAUAGAUUACUGCUUGAGCGAUGCUCCCGUGAUCAUUGUGGAAUUGUGUUUGAUCGAGAAGUAAAAUUGCCUGAGUCAGUUGUCACUGUACUUGAGAGAAGUGUUGAAGUGUGAACUUGAUCAAAGUUGAGUAUUGUUGACUUGUCUCUUAUCUUUGUAGCAUGUCCUGCCUGGUUGUAGUGGAAUCUGGCUAACUUUUGCUCGUAGGCUUUGUCCUCGACCACGAGUAAUAAUGUAUCUAUGGAAAA